AUGGCGGCCGACAAUGGAGCAGCUGGGGUGCAGCUGCUAGACUCACGUGGGAUCGGCAAGGCGCCGACGUUUUCAGGCAAGAGGGAAGACUUCGAGGAUUGGACCUUCCCGUUCGAGUCAUACUGUGGCCUGCUGGGCUGGACGGCGGGCCUGGAGCGAUCAAGGGACGCUGAGGAGCCGCUGACCGCGGACGACCUCGGCGAGCAGGGAGUGCUGGUAGGGAGGAGCUUGUACCACCUGCUGGCAAGCACUACGAAAGGCACGGCGCAGAGCGUCGUGAAGCUCUGCCCGCGAGGCGACGGCUUCGAGGCAAUGAGAAGGCUGUACAGGGAGUACAGGCCGCGACUGAAUGAGGAGCACGGCCAGAUGCUCCAGCAGAUCCUCGCGCCGACAUGGUGGAAGGAUCGCGAGGGGAAGGAGCGCUUCGCGGAGGUACUGAUCGCUUGGGACGAGUUGAUCUCAAGGUACGAGCGCGCGACCGGAGAGCAGGUCACGCAGAAUAUGAAGACGAGCACGAUCAUGGCCCACGCGCCAGAGGAAGUGAAGGUCAUGCUACGCUCGGCGCAGCGCGAGGUGCGCAGCGACAUCACACAGAUGAGGAGCUGCAUCUUCGAGGCGGUGAUCGGCCAAAGUGGAGUGGUCUCGCGACCUCCGACAGCGAACAAGGGGAGCAACGACAUGGACGUCGACGCGAUCUCCAAGGGCAAAGGCAAGGACGGCAAGGACAAGUGCCAGAUCUGCCACAAGCCGAGUCACACGGCCCGCGACUGCUUCUGGCGUGACAAAGGGAAACAGAAGGGCGACGGAAAAGGUCGAGGAGCAGCCGCGGGAACCAAGGGCGGAAGGGACGCCAAAGGCAAGGGCAAGGACGGCUACACCUUCUCGGGGAAGUGCGACUAUUGCCAUAAGACGGGCCACAAGAAGGCGGACUGCAAGAAGCGAAUCGCCGAUGAGAGGUCCAAAGGAAACGCGGCCAUUGAGCAGGAGAGCACGGACCCGAAGACGGUGGCCAAGAUCGAGUACGCGGAGUACGAGUGCGGGAUCUGCGACGACGACCAGCUCUACUGCAUGGCGAUGGAGGUGGAGGAUCCCGAGACGGAGUGCUGCGGCAUGGAGCUCGUGGAGACGACCUUCAUCACGUUGGACACCUCGAGUGACUGCCACGUGGGGCCGACCUUCUUCGGCGAAGGAUGCAGGAGAGGAGAGGAUCACGGCCCGAGGCUGCUGGACGCGCAGCGCAACGAGAUCAAGAUGGACUCCAUUGCGACGAUGCCGAUGGUGGUUACUGACGAGUGCGAGCAGCUGAAGUUGCUGAAAGCAGAUUUCAGGCUAGGUGACACGGUAUCGAAGCCAAUCCUAUCGCUGCUUGAGGUGAUGGAUAAGGGUGCCGAGUUCUGGCUGAGCGCGAAGACGGGCAUGUGCAUGUACCCUGGCGGUGACCUCAGCAAGGGCAUCCCGCUCACCAGGAAGAACAACACGCUGGGAUUCAACGCGAAGACCUUCAAGACAGCUACGGAGGCGAAGGAGUUCGCGGCCAGCGUGAACGCGAAUGAGCAGCAGGAGGAGGCGUUCGUGCCGACGCCUGGGGCUGCGGGCAGCGGAGCAGCGACAGCGGCACCUGCGGCUGCACCUGCGGCUGCCGCCUCGGCUCCAGAGCGAGGUGGAGCAGCUGAGAGCGCGGGAAGAGAGCGACUGGCUCGACAUCCCGUGGUGCUACGCGAAGGGCAGGAGAUCGUCCUGCACCCUUCCAGCCGCGUGGAGGACACGCGGGCAAGGCUCAAGGAGAUGGGCCAGCCAAUCUACGGCAGAGAGGACGAGCUGCGGGCCAGACUCAGCGACGCGGAGCGGAGGCUCACGGCACAACACCUGAAGGUGAAGGAGUUGGAGCGCAGGCACGAGGAGUCCGUUCAAGGAGGACCCACGAUAGCACCGCGAGAAGUAGUAGGGCCAGCAGCGCCCACGGAUGAAGAACGAGCAGCUCAUGAACUGCUGCGCCUCGCGAGAGCGCCGUGGCGCGAGGCCUGCGCGCGGGGGAACGAGACGACCGAGCCGCGCAAGACCCUCACGUUCGACCAGAAGGACACUGGGAAGGCGCAGAUCACCCUGGACUUCUGCUACCUGAAGACCAACGGCGACUGGGCGGAGAUCGGAGAUGAGGAGCCGCCAGCGGCGGACAUCUUCGCGACGACGCUCGUGAUGGCGGACAGGGACACGCUGAUGUUCAAUGCAGUCUCGAUGCCCACCAAGGCGGUCACGGAUUACGCAAUAGCCAGCGUGAGCAGCUUCAUUGAGGGCAUGCAUCUCACGACGGCGGACAUCAAGACGGACGGCGAGCCCGCGAUCGUGAACCUGGUGGAGGAGGUGCGGAAGAGGCUGAGCAAGAGCAUCAAGCUAGAAGAGAAGCGUGGGAACCUGAAGGACAGCCAGAGCAUGGGCGCGAUUGAGGCUCCGAUCAGAUGGUUUCAGGCGAAGGUGAGGACGUGCAAAUUCGACCUGGAGAAGCGCUAUGGCAUGAAUAUCACAGCGGACGCACCGAUCUGGCGUUGGCUUACACGGUACGUUAGCUGGGCUACGUCUACGUACCGACCACGAGCCGAUGGGAGGACGUCCCAUCAGGCAGCCUACGGAGUGACCUACAACGGAGAGAUUCUCCCCUUUGGCGAGACGGCUCUCUUCAAGACCCCGAUCUCCCACACGAGGCAGAUCGCGGCUACGUCCCUGAAGCACAAGGGCGAGUCGAGUUUCGUGAAGGGCAUCUGGAUCGGGAAGCACAAGGAGAGCGACGACCACUUGUUCUUGACGCCAGCGGGCUGGCACCGCGCAAGAACAUGCAGGCGGCUGGAGCCAGCAUUGCGGGCAGAUGACAAGCUGAUGAAAGCAGUGAAGGCCCUGCCCUGGGACGCGAGGAGCGCCAAGCCGUGCGAGCUACUGCCCAGGCUUCAGAGGCCGAUGCCCACGAUCGUCUUGACGGCGGCGGAGCAGAAGGCGAAGACCGAGGCGCAGGAGGCAGCGCGCGAGGCGGCGCCACCCCAGGGGGCGCCCGAGCAGGGGGCGCAGCCGGCUGCAGCAGCGAGCGCGGGGCCAUCGGCGGCGCCCGCGGGACCUGGAGCUGGAGCGGCAGCGGCAGCGAGACCAGAGGAGAAGAGCACGACGGAUGCGGACGCGCCGAUGACACCUCGAGGUCUUGUCAGACCUGCCGACGCUGAAGACUUCGGCGCACCAGGCAAGCGCGCGAAGCACGUGGACGCCAUCUCGCUCGACGACCCUAUCGACUACAGCAUCCUGGACAGGAUGGGCACCGACUGCUACAUGACGGUCAGCGGACUGGAGCCCGCGGUGGAGCUCAAGGGCAAGCGCGAGGCACUAGAAGUGCUGGCGCACUACGGGGUGCACAGGGACGUCCCGAGGAGCGAGAGCGGUGAGUUCAAGAGGAUCAGGGCGCGCUGGGAGCCGCAGAUGCGAGGAAGUAUCUGCAAGUGGCGGUAUGUGGCGCAGGAGUUCAAGUGGAUGGAGCUGCGUGACGACGUGUUCGCAGCGAGCUCAUCGGCACAGACGAGCAGGCUGGUGGACUUCGUCAGCAUCAAAGAGGAGAACCACGGGACCUUCAUCGCGGAUUGCGUGAAGGCGUACUACCAAGCGGACCAGACUGAGAAGGUUUGCGUGGAGCCACCUGCUGAGUAUCUGGCGAUCUUGGCGGAGAUGGGCAUACCGACCGACGUCGUUUGGGCGCUCAACAAGAUGCUACCUGGGCAGCGCGUGGCAGGCGCUGGCUGGGUGGACAAGGCGGCGAAGACCCUGAAGGGAGAGGGUUUCGACAGGAGUGAGUGUCAGCCGCAGUUCUACUACCACAGAGAGAAGAAGAUCCUGAUCGAGGUGCACAUGGACGACUUCCACGGGGAGGGUCCAAUCAGCAGCCUGGAGGGGAUCAUCAAGCGGCUGCGGGAGGUGUUCGACCUGAAAGCGACGGAUGUCAUCAGGCAGGGACGCUACUCGCACCUGAAGCGGGACAGGCUGAGGCUCAUGAACGGCAACAUCAUGCUGAUGCCGAACGUGAAGCACAUCGACGACCUGAUCUACGUAAUGGGCAUGGAGAAGGCCAAGCCGACGAGGGUACCAAGCUUGACUGAGGAGGACCCGACAUGGAGUCCUGAAUUGGACGAGAUCGAGAGGGCGAAGUUUCGCACAGGAGUCGGGAUCGCGCUCUACAUCUCGCCCGACAGAGCGGACAUCCAGCGGGACGUGCAGCUGAUGACCAGGAACCUGAGUCAGCCGACGGAGUUUGACAGGAAGCGACUGGUGAAGCUGGUGAGGUACCUGAAGGGGGCAAAAACGUAUGGAGUGCUGAUGGAAAAGCCAACUGGGAGCAAGCCUGGAGAAGUGAAGCUGCAGUUGUUCACAGACACGGACUUCGCGACGUGCAAGGAGACGAGGCGUGCGAUGACCUGUGGGAUCACAAAGCUGGACGGAGUGCAUUUUGCAGCGUUCGCAAGGAGGCAAGGAGUUCAGAGCACAUCCUCAGGUGAGGCGGAGUUCUACGGCGCGAUCUCGGUGGUGAUGGACGGCAAGCUGGUGAAGAACAUGCUAGAGUGGUUGGGCUACAAGGUGACCUGGGAGCUCGGGGUCGACAGCAGCGCCGCGAAGGCGAUGAUCAACCGCGAGGGCGUCGGAAAGGUGAAGCACCUGGGCGUUCGGGCGCUGUGGAUCCAGCAGGAGCGAAAGGUCCACGGACUGAUCAUCAAGAAGGAGAGUGGAACAAAGAACGUGGCCGACCUAGGGACCAAGGCGCAUGCCACGGAGCGGUUCGAGCACCUGCGAGAACUUGCUGGCAUCAUGGACUGCAGCGAGAUGGACAAGCAUAAGGAGCUGGAGGCGUGCUCGGUGACAACGAGCGCCUGGGCUAAGCAAGGCUUGUUGGCGACACUGCUCGCGCAAGGAGUGACGGGCGGUGCGACCAAGGCGAGUGAAUGCGCAGUGCGAGAUCUCGACCAGGGUGCAGUUACCCUCUGGGAGGCUACAAAGCUGCAGGACUGGAUCGACGACCACACGACAAUGAUCAUUCUGAUCGUGAUGAUGACAACGUUCGUGGCAGGAGCACUGCUCGGGUGUUUGAUUUGCAAGUGGUGGGCGAAGAUGGACAGCACCACGAAGCAAAACCUGGUAAAGCAUACGAAUGCCCCGAAUCGGAGAAAGGAGCUGAGCAACAAGGUGAAGUUCACGGACAGGCGAGCCACGGGUGAGAACGAGCUUGCGGCCAAUGGCAAGGUGAGCGAGGCGACGUGCCUCGACGAGGCGCCGUGGGGGCGUGCAG